GCCGCUCCCAGCUCGCGCUCCCUCGCCGCCGCCGCUACAGCUGCCGCCACCUCGGAGGUCUCUCGAGCCCUUCCGUCAACAUGGGUAAGACACGUGGUAUGGGAGCUGGGCGCAAGCUCAAGACCCACCGCAGGAACCAGAGGUGGGCUGACAAGGCGUACAAGAAGAGCCACUUGGGUAAUGAGUGGAAGAAACCCUUCGCUGGGUCGUCUCACGCCAAGGGCAUUGUUUUGGAGAAGAUUGGUAUUGAGGCCAAGCAGCCUAACUCUGCCAUCCGUAAGUGUGCUCGUGUGCAGCUUGUGAAGAAUGGAAAGAAGAUUGCUGCCUUCGUGCCCAAUGAUGGUUGCUUGAACUACAUCGAGGAAAAUGACGAGGUGUUGAUUGCUGGAUUCGGUCGUAAGGGGCAUGCUGUGGGAGAUAUUCCUGGUGUCCGGUUCAAGGUCGUCAAGGUAUCUGGUGUGUCUCUGCUCGCCCUCUUCAAGGAGAAGAAGGAGAAGCCCAGGUCUUAGAUUGCUGUUUCAUCUUGGCUGGCAAGCAUGGAGUAGACAGUGUGAUGGCUUUUAGGUGUUUAAGGAGGCUGGUUCCUUUGUGUUUACAGUGCACUCUUUAAAUUGAGAUAACUUAUGAUCGUGUUGGCGAGAACUAUGCCUUGUCAGAUUUUGAUCCUGUUAAGGGAAAGUGCUACUAUUAUGAGUUCCAUUAAGCAGUUUGAGAUGUCUGUGGUUCA